AUGGAGGCGGCGGCGGCCCAGCACCACCCGUCGCCCACGCCUGGUCCUGCCCACCUGGAGGGAACAGAUGAAAGGACAACCCUGGUUUGUAAACUGAGGAAUAAGCAAGGAUCUAGCAACCUCUCUUCGGCUACUUUUAAUGUUAUCAAUUCUAUUAUAGGAUCUGGUAUGAUAGGUCUGCCCUAUUCUUUGAAGCAAGCUGGCUUUCCAUUAGGAAUAUUGCUGUUAUUAGGUGUUGCGUAUAUCACAGAUUAUUCUAUUAUCCUGUUGAUUAAAGGAGGGAACCUGUCUGGAACAAACAGCUAUCAAGCACUGGUCAAUAAAGCUUAUGGCUUUGUAGGGUACCUAAUUCUCUCAGCUCUCCAGUUUUUAUAUCCCUUUAUUGCCAUGAUUAGCUACAACAUUAUUACAGGAGAUACCUUGACAAAAGUUUUCCAAAGAAUUCCUGGAGUUGAUCAAGAUAAUUUAUUUAUUGGUCGCCAUGUCAUUAUUCUCUGUGUUACCAUCAUCUUCACCCUUCCUCUUUCUCUUUAUCGAAAUAUAUCAAAGCUGGGGAAGGUAUCGUUUAUCUCUGUGAUUUUAACAGUUGCCAUCCUGGUUGUUGGGAUUAUAAGGGCAAUUACAUUUAGUGCACAGAUAUCCCAGUCAGAAGAUCCUUGGGUGUUUGCGAAGCCAAAUGCAAUACAAGCUGUUGGGGUGAUGUCAUUUGCAUUCAUUUGCCAUCACAAUAGCUUUUUGAUUUAUGGCUCCCUGAAAGAACCCACGCUAAGCAACUGGGCUCGUGUCACGCAUGUAUCUGUUUCAUUUGCCGUGCUUGUCAGCUUGGUGUUUGCUACGUGCGGAUAUGUGACGUUUAGAGAAUAUACAGAAGGAGACAUAUUUGAAAACUAUUGCAAAGAUGAUGACCUUGCUACAUUUGGAAGAUUUUGUUACGGAAUCACUGUCAUCCUAACCUUUCCAGUUGAGUGUUUUGUAACCAGAGAGGUAGUCGCAAAUGUGUUUUUCAAUGGGAACCUUACAAACCUUUGCCAUGUUACUUUGACGAUCGUUAUCGUUGCUGUAGCUACAAGCAUAUCCUUAGUGUAUGAUUGCCUGGGAAUAGUAUUAGAACUAAAUGGGGUGCUCAGUGCGACUCCACUGGUCUUCAUUCUGCCUGCAGCCUGUUAUCUGAAGUUGUCUGAAGAGCGAUGGACGCAUUCGGAUAACCUUCUCUCCGGGCUGAUCCUCGCUAUUGGUGUGCUAGUGGUGAUAGUAGGCUUUGUUAUGACUGUCCUGCAUCCCCAGGAAUGUAGCCACGGAAAAGAAAUGCCUUACUGCUUCCUUGGAAACUCCUCCCUUUACAAUAAUACAGUUCCAUCUUCUCAGUAAACCUGCCAACAUUAAUCAGGAAAUGCCUCCCAAGGAAGCACAAUGCAGUUGUAAAUGUGGGUUUCGGUAAGGCCUGUUGAAUGUUUCAUUUUU